AUGGACGCAGCUCACAUUCUUCUAGGGAGGCUGUGGCAGUUUGAUAUGAAGGUGAUCCAUGAUGGUUAUUAUAACAAGUACAUGUUUGAGCACCGAGGCAAGAAGAUCACCUUAACCCCAAUGACUCCGCGACAAAUUCAUGAUGACCUUCAGAAAAUGAGGGAAAGAGAGAAAAAUGAAAAAAGAAUUGAAAAAAAUAGUGAACAGAGUGUUGAAAAGGAAAGAGGAAGCAAAACAGAGAAAAAUAAAAGUGAGGAAAAAGAAAAAACAAAGAAAAAUUUCAUUGGGAAAAAGAGAGAUGUUGAAAAAGUAAUAAGAGCGGGGAGGCAAGUUUUUCUUUUGUUGUAUAAAGGACCCAACGAGGGUACUACUAAUCCUAGUCAUUUGCCCGAGGCAAUAACUUCUUUAAUGCAGGAAUUCAAAGAUGUUUGUCCGGAAGAACUUCCUGCCGGUUUACCACCGUUGAGGGGGAUUGAACACCAAAUUGACUUGGUGCCAGGAAUGCCAUUACCGAAUAGGCCUGCCUACCGAUGUAACCCGGAGGAGACUAAGGAAAUCCAAAAGCAAGUUAAUGAACUCUUGGCCAAAGAGAAAAUCCGGGAAUGCCUAAGCUGUGUGCCGUUCCAGUUUUGCUAG